AUGAGUUUUGGGGAAAGGCAGAAUGGGAGGAAAAUUGGCGAAUUGCGGGGAAAAGGGGAGAAAAAGGAGGAAAGUCUGAACAGGCAGAAGAGCGUUUUGCUCUGCUCGCUGCGCCGGCAUCUCCUGUGGCCACUGAUCCCGCAGCGCGGCUACCGGGGCGAUUCCCCCACGGAUUCUGGGAAGGACGUGCUGGAGAUCCCGCUGCCCCCCUGGCAGGAGCGUCCGGACGAGCCGCUGGACACCAAGAGAGCCCGGCUGCUGUACGAGAGCAGGAAGAGAGGGAUGCUGGAAAACUGCAUCCUGCUCAGCCUCUUUGCCAAGGAAAACCUGGCGCGCAUGAGCGAGGAGCAGCUGAACCGCUACGACCGCCUCAUCAAUGAGCCCAGUAACGACUGGGACAUUUAUUACUGGGCCACUGAAGCGAAGCCGACGCCGGCGGAAUUUGAGACCGACGUGAUGGCCAUGCUGAGGGAAUUUGCCAAAAACAGGAACAGGGAGCAGAGGCUCCGGCAGCCGGACCUGGAAUAUCUGUUUGAGCCACCACGCUGA